UGGAGGAGGAUUUGACUGGACUGGUGAUUGAUGUGUGAAGAAUUUUCUCCAGGCUGGGCUGUAGGAUCUGUUCAUAGGAAUUAGGUUGUGGUUCUCUUCACAGCUGACAAGACUCGAGGGGGGCCUUCAUCUACCUCACGUCAAGGUAAAUCAAUACAACCUGGACAAGGGACGAGAACACAUUGGCAGACAGCCAAACGAGAUUUCCACAACACAGAGAGGGUCCCAGUAUUUGUGAUACUGAAAGUAAACUCCUUAGCAGACACCCCAUGGAGGGUAACCCUAACCCUAACGCCGUGGAGGGUGGUCAGGAGGAGCGGUGGGAGGAGUUGGACUGCACAGAGGCUAGCUACAGAGAGGAGCAGACGGAGCUGUCACUCAGAGCCAGAAAUAGAAAAGAGCCUGCAAGCUGCAUCUCGACACUCAGGAUCUGCAGUCAGGAAUCCCGGCGUGUUGUUAUUCAGAGUGUUCCCUCGCAACUGGGCAGCAACACCAAUGACAGAGCCCUCCCGGAUCCCAGAGCUUGCCAACAGACAGCCAGGAAGACGCCUGGAGAUCCAGACCGCUCCCUCAGAAACCCUGUAGAAGCACCUGGUGGCUCCACAAAGCUCUACAACACAGAGGUGAGACAUCCACCAUGACCACCAAGUUCUACGAGGCUGACAGAGACCUGGCCUUCAGCAAAUACUACUGCCCCCAGACCGACUACUUGGAUGUCUACAACUCCAGCUGUAGGUCCUCGACCCAAACGUCUACAGUCAGCGACUGGUCAGAAGAUGAUAUCUCCCUCCAGCUGUCCUCGGUUGUGUCAGCUAACAUCCAAAGCACAACAGCAUGCUUAGAAACCGGCAGCUUAGAAUGCAUUGAUGUGGCUAUGGAAAACCAAGGUGAGGUGUACAGAGAGGGGACGAAAACCGUUCCCAAGAGGCAAAUCCAACUCAAGAGACGGGACACGGCGGAAUCACAAGACAGCGAUAAAGGUGAGGUGACAGAUGAAGGCCGAUGUACACCCUGUACAGUCAGCCACCGCAGGGACGUGUUCCUGCGUCAGCACAGCACCCCGGCUGCCUUUCACCAGGAGUCACAUGGGAUGGAGUCGGAGAACAGCAGAACUCAGGCAGAGCGAAAGCAGAGGCUCCAGAAGUCCGUUUCCCUGGACGAGACCUCCACAAAAACCAAAAUGGCCUCAUGUAUCAUUAAGAGUGUCCUGUCAAAGAAGAUGCAGUUGGAGCAGAAUCUUCAAAACUCUGAAGUGAAAGAAGGAGCCUUCGCACCUGCAGAAGUCCAGAACAGGGUUAAGGACUGUCACCAGAUACCUCUGGCAGUCAAAGAGAAGAACACAACUGAUAUGAGCUCUAUUGAUUCACAUAGACAGAGUAACUCAAUCCAAUAUCAUCAGGUUGCAAGCGCCAAAACACACCAAAAGCUGCUUUACAAACAGAACUCAAUUCCUCUGGUGAGCAGCUUUGGAGGGUCAGAGUUUCAGAGGACUUUCGCUAAGAGGUCUGGAAUAGCCACCGCUCUAGAGAGUGAGGAAAUAGAACGGCAAACCCCCAGGGAUGGGGCUCUACCGUACGCUAACUGGAGCCCUGGGGACAGACUAUCCUGUGACUCAGCAAACGGCAAAAACAGGAGCACAUGUUGUUCUGGUUCAAGUAGAACUGGAGGCAAACGGACUCCGGUGAAAAACACACCAGAGGAAUGCAACAGAGGGGAGGGGGUCCAUAAACAACAGAACCCCCUGCCUAAGGCACUACAGAGGACUGAUAUACUCUGGGGAAGUCAAGACAGUCAGCAGCCACUCAUUCGUGAAGGUUUAUCAGGAAAGGUGAUAGAGCCAGGGGACAGAGGAGAUGUACAGUUGCUGGGACCGUCUGGGAACAUGGAGACACUUAAAGCCAUGGCUCCAGUGCAUGUUGUGAGGGAUGUGAGGAGGCUGGUGAAAAAUACCUACAACCUGUCUUUCAAAAAUGUAGGGGACACUGUUUCGGGACAAGAGGACAGACCCUCAUCCUUCUAUCAGCAGUCUAUGUAUGACCAGGUCAGCCACAGAGAGGCCUGUGGGGUCAGAGCAGCCAGGCCUGAUGAAAAGCUGUUUGUGAAGAAAGUGUCCCCUCCGGCACCUCUGAAGGCUGUGAAUACAGCUUUACUUUCCACCGCCCCGAAGGGAUAUGUAACCAAAGCCACAGCUCUCCAUGAAUCACAAGACAUCAUUUCUAACACUGGAUUUACAAAUGUCACACCCCAAAGCCUUGUAAAACCUUUUGGGAGGAGAGGCAGCCAACCUCAUAUUAACCAAUCUGAUUCAACGUCAAAAUACCCAAACAGAGCAGAGAUUCCCCGGCAGACCUGGUCUUCAGGGGAGCUCCCUAGUAAGUGUAAUCAGCGACUGUGUGAAAGGACAGGCACCACCAAUGGAAAACAGAAAUCACCACGAGCAGCAAAUAGUUUUACUGCAGUUCCAACUUAUUACUCAUCAGCAGCAUACCAGCCAGAACACUAUCAGUGUUCCAGUGUCAAGGAUAACAACCAAAUUCAGGGCCAACCUCCCAGAUACCAGGCUCAAACUACACUCGCUUGCACACCGUCCCCUGCCUGUGUACAGCUCAACACCACUGGGACUCCAAAGACGCUGAUGUCUUCCUUCUUUUAUCCAGCCAACCCAAUGAGCUGCCACACAAUCCACACCCAGGAAGGAAAGAUGAGUUUCAUACAGGCCCCUGUACUGAUGCAGCCUUCACUACAAAACCUGCCUUUCCAACUGCUGAGCGGAGACAAAUACGCCCCCCGGCAGCCAGCAGGGAAUGGAGAAAUCAAAAUGCCCUCCCCAGAAACACAACAACAGCAGUACCUGUGCAGCACACAGGGUUUCAUGGCCCCAUUCAGCACAGAAUACAGGCAGGGCAGUGUAGGCCUGGUGUACCCUGAGAUGGCUGGAGGUCAGGUUUACGGACAGGGACCCCGACACAUGCUGAUCGACCCGGAGACAGGGAGAUGUUUCUACGUCGACGUUCCCCAACUUCCCCCUCAGCCACAACGCAAGAUGCUGUUCGAUCCAGAGACCUGCCAGUUUGUGGAGGUGCUGCUGCCACAGCAGACGGUGCCUACUGCAGUACUGCCACCAGUGUAUGCAAUYCCCUGCCACUCACUGCAAUUCCCAGCCAUGUACACUCCACAGUGCUUCUCUUUUCAGGCUCAUCCACAGGAGAUGCCUCACACCGGGCCCUGAGACGUCUACCGGACCGCAACAGCAGAACACUACCACAUGACUGCACACUGCACUAUCCAGGGAGUAUGGACUGUGUGGGUAAGCCACCCAAGGCUACCCAGUGAUCGAUCAGACAGUCUUAGCUACAUACUGUCAGGUUGAGUAAAUCUUGCCUAUCAAUCAUAGUCAUUCAAAUCAGUGUCUCGUCUCUGAUUCGGAGACUCCUGACAAUACCGAUUAAGAUUAGAACCACCGGGACUUUACAUCAUCAUAUAUCUGUGUGAGAGAACCGAGGGCUACUAAUGUACAGUCCUUCAGAAAUUAUUCAUGCCCCUUGACUUAUUCCACAUUUGGUUGUGUUAG